AUGCACAUUCGCGUCUUUCAAAGGCUUGUCAGCCUGCUCGCCCCACGCAUACCGGCCAUGCUGACACGACUAGGAAGCAGCAGCCAGGACAACGUACAGCAAGGAUAUGUUCCCGAAGGUCCAUCGAUCUUGAGACAAAUGAGUGAUGCAACACUUAGCGAAGGUCCUCCAGACUCAUUCAGCGAUUCUAGCUCCGAGUCAAGUGCAAGAUCCAAACCUGAUGACCAGGUACCUAGUCGAAAGGGCGCCAUAGCUCGCCGACAGAGGUCUCCAGGCCAAAAAUGCUUUCCUCUCCGCAUAGGUCGACGUAAGAUUAUUUUCCUUGAGCGCGACAAGAAGAUUACAUCAGAGCUGCCAGUGGUUCGACUAGACCCCUUCUUGGAAAGGCAUGUACUACCUUGCCGCACACGCUCAGGAACCUGCCCACAGUGUUCAAGAUUCCAAGGAAAGUCCGUCUCUCUUGCGGCACUAAAGAUCGGAGCCAUACGUGGUUGCCCACUUUGUAUUCUGGCUUACUUUGCCAUUGCCGUGUUCUUCACAGACAAAAACCCCGCGAAAAAGUUGCCCAGCGGUUACGGGAAGUUCAAAAGCUUCGUAAAUCUGGGCUUGAAUACUCUGGUUGAUGCGUAUACUUUCUCCGAUACCCGUGCCAACCAAUGGAACUUCUACGGGACAACAAUACCCGCAGGUUCGAUCAGGAAUUUUUUCACCGAGGAUUUGUCCUCUGAACAAACUGCCCAAUUCGCACUUCGCCAAUUGCAAGAUUGUAUCACUCAACAUUCGAGAUGCGGUAAUCAUGCCGAGCAAAAGCGGCCUCCCACUCGGCUACUGGAUGUUUCAACUCUUCGACUACGAGACACGGACCAUCCUGACUUCGCUGCAUCGUUUCCCAUGUACGCAUGUCUCAGUCACUGCUGGGGCUCUGGUUCACAAGCCUCAAAUAUCCUUCGUACCACGAAAGCAACGCUGGCUGCUUAUGGGGAUGGGAUACCUACAGGCCUGUUUCCGCGUACGUUCCGCGAAGCCAUACAAUUCACACGCUCAAUCAACUUGCCGUAUAUUUGGAUUGACUCGUUGUGUAUAGUCCAGGAUGACAAGCUCGAUUGGGAAAAGGAAGCGGCUGCUAUGGCCGACAUUUACAUGAACUGUCACGUCACUCUUGCCGCAACUGUUUCAGAAAACUCGGAUGGAGGCUUGUUCGUUAAGAAAAGCUUUGGCUCCGUCAGGAUCGGGGUGGUAUCUUGCCAGCGUGGAAACACCCAGCCUCUUUACAUGCGUCUGCCUCCUGAUCACUGGCCACUCGACACCGACUUCCCUCUUGCUCAAAGAGGAUGGGUCAUGCAGGAAACUAUUUUAUCGCCAAGGACACUUUACUUCCUAGGGACGGAACUUUUGUACGAAUGUCGAGAAACUAUUCAGUGCGAGUGUAACGAUGAAGAGAGUUGCGAUUGGACGACAGUAAAACAGUAUGAGUGGACUACAGCCGAUGAUUGGACAAGGGUGUUGCUACUAUACUCACACACUCUGCUGUCUUUCAGUCGAGACACUCUACCUGCACUGUCCGGACUAGCCAAAAGAUGGCUCGCAACACAUCCAGCUGAUGUAUAUCUAGCCGGAAUUUGGCGUUCAGAUCUAAUCAAGAUGCUUUGUUGGCAAAUUACUUCACGAUCGGCCCGUCGUGCCCGGCCUUGGAGAGCACCCUCGUGGUCUUGGGCUUCUAUAGAUACUGCUAAUAUCGAGUUCCAGCGGCACUUGAAAUUUUCAGCAAAUUAUUCCAUUGCGGAUGUUGUUGAUGUCUAUUGCGCUCAAUCCGGUGCUGAUCCCACCGGCACAGUCGCGUUCGGUCAUCUUAUAUUGCGUGGCCGAGGCUUUGACGCUCAACUCCACUAUGGCGGCAAGGACGAUGGCACUGGAUGGGACGAUUACGAAGAUGCUCAGGUAUACGCUUACAAAGACGGUAUCCGCUUCGAGUGCAACCUGGAUUUUGCCGCCUGGGAGGCAGGGCGCGACCAUAUCAUAGAAGGCUCUACUGUGCGGAUGCUUUUUAUUGCUGGCCCUGAGGACAUAACUCGCUUUGUGGGUGCUAGAUGGACUUUGAUUCUGCUGAGGCCACUUUUCGGCGAUACAUACGAGCGCGUCGGUAUCACUAUAGACGGCUUUUCGACGAGGCAUCAACGUUAUGACACCAUACCUGGGACCCGCAAGUUGUAUGAAGAAUCGGAUGUAGCUGAAUAUUUUAUUGUAUAG